AUGAAUGAGGGAAUAAUUUAUUAUCAUCAUCAAGAAUUUCAACUGUCAUUUUAUUACGUUAUUGAUAUCAAUGGAUAUGGACUCAAAUCUCUGGAGAUUGGUGGGGCUCCAAGUGAUCAUGAUGAUCUGUUGUUGCUUCUUUCUUCAAUUGGAAAAUGUUGUAGAAACUUGGAGGAUUUAACAGUUUUUUAUGCAAAUCAUUUGCAUUAUUACUUAAACGACAUAUUUAGUAAUUGUAGACGCUUAAAAAAAAUCUAUCUAAGAUUAAUUGGCGGUAUCGUCAUUUUUGUUGAUGACAUAGUCACCGCAUUGAUAGAAACACAACCAAAAAAUUUAAAAAGUAUCAAAUUUGGAAACAACAUUAAUGUAACUGAUACCGCACUUGUAUUUUUAUGUAAAAAGUGGUCGGGUCCCAAACCUUUCUUAUUAAGUUAUAGCAAUUAUAAACAACAUUCUAUAGAUGCAGUAUCACCGAUUCCCGUGCUAGAUAGAUGCAUGAUUAUGGGAUUUUUGGAAUACGAAGUUACAGAUGAGAAACCUAUUGAUUACAAGUUUUAUCUACCAUCAUUAUCAAGUGCAGCAAUUAAUAUCGAUUUAAUAGUAGCCUCUUAUAUUCUUAACAAUAAAAAGUUAAUAGAAAAGUGUUUUUAUGAUCACCCAUUAUUAAGUUAUGUUCUAGAUUUAACAAACUAUCAAAACAGUUUGGCUUUAUAUAUAAAAUCUCCAGGACCAAAUGACACUUUACCACUCAACUAUGUUAGAAAUAUAUUCCCUGGUGUUUCUGGUGAAUCCAUUAUUUCAAAACUCAAAAAAGUUCUAGAAUUAUGUUCGAGUUUAGAUGAUUGCCAAAAAACUACAAUUAAAGAUUAUUUGUUAGAAUUACAAAGUUCAAAAUUAGUUAAAUCAAUAAGUGAUGAGUUUAAUCCAAUCAUUGAUUACUUGUAUGAUCAAUUUGACAUAAUAUGGAAGAAAGGUCGAUAUAACAAUCUAGUUGAACCUAACAGUUCAAUUGAUGAAGGACUUUGGGUUGCUGAACCUGUUCAUAUCAUUAUGACAGCAACAACGAACUAUUUGGAUCAGGUUUUUCCACAAUGGUCAGCAAAAGUUUGUGAUGCAACAAAAUUUUCUGUGAUUCAUAAUUUCAAUUAUGAUGCAUAUAUGAAAGGAAUCUCACCUGAUGAGCAUAAAAUUUCACAAAAAAAGCCAGAUAUAUGGGCGACCAUCAACAUUGAUGGCAUUUCAUAUAUUGUAUGGUGA